AUUUUCAGCUUUGUCGAAAUAUAGCUGCUGAUUCUAAUGUUAAAAGGAUAGCGAUAGAGAUUUGUCGAAAUGGGUGCCAUACCGCAUGAUGCACAGGUUAUGGAGGCUAUUCUCAAGGAAAUGGGAAUUACCGAUUAUGAACCACGUGUAAUUUCGCAGAUGCUCGAAUUUGCCUAUAGAUACACAGCAGAAAUUCUGGAAGAUGCUCGAUCAAUCAGUGAGCAUGCAGGAAAAAAGCAGAUUGAUGAAACUGAUGUACAGUUUGCCAUUGAUAACACAGGUUUUUGGAAAAGUGAACGACCCAGUAGGCAGCUGUUGGUAGAAUUUGCAGAACAGAAGAAUGCUGUGCCACUUCCUGCAAUUCGACAAAAUUACGGAUUACGACUCCCAAAUGACCGGUUUUGUUUGACACAGCCAAACAUGGGAUGGAAGAGUAACGAACAGUUACGUGAAAUCAACGAACAGAUGACCCGGAAGGAAGAACCAACAGUACGACCAACAGAAACGAUCCGACAAACCCGACCGGAAGCGAUUACUAAUCUGUUAAAACGGAAAGCACCUGAUGAUGAAGAUUUCGAUGUACCAUAAACCGAACUCUUAAUUAACAAUGUAAAUUUAAAUUUGAAAUAAAUGUAGCAGUAAUGUUAUUAUUAGUAGUGAAAACGUUACCGUUUACAACAUUGUUGAAAUGCCGGCAUAAAAUUGGAAACCU